CUCGCUCCUUUCACGGGGGCUGCCUCCGGGGCGGAGGUGGCCAAGGAGGGGGGCGCCCAUUGUUGUGCCGGGUACUUAAGGGGUCCUGAGGCCGGUCGUGUGCCACACUCGGUACUCACACGAGCUGAUCUGAUUGCCGGCGAGAUCACUCGGGAGACCGGCUGGAGCGUGGUCCCUGCAGGCAAGUCGAGGAGGAGAGGCCAAGUUCCCGGUGCGCCCGUGCACCCUUCCAGGCCUUCGUGCCCGUGCCCGCAGCGGGCACACAGUAAGAACGGGCUGUUCGGAAAGUAAGUGCGCUCCGGCGGCCCUGCCCUCAACCCAGGCUUCCUGUCCUGUAAGUGCUCUCUAAUCUGUCCGUCGAUCCUGCCCGACGCAGCGAUGCCAGCCCCUCUGGAGACGUGCCUCUCAGACCUCGAUUGCCCCAGCAGCAGCAGCGACCUGUCCGGCUUCCUCACCGACGAGGAGGACUGUACCAGGCUCCAACAGUCAGCUCCUGCCUCGGGGCCGUCUGUGCCGGCCCACAGGGGCGCACCCGCGAUUCCUGGGGCGUCCGAUACUCCCCGGGCACAGGAAGAGGAGCAGGAGCGGCGGCGGCGCAGGGGUCGCGCACGGGUGCGCUCCGAGGCACUGCUGCACUCACUUCGCAGGAGCCGGCGUGUCAAGGCCAACGACCGCGAGCGCAACCGCAUGCACAACUUGAACGCAGCGCUAGACGCGCUGCGCAGCGUGCUGCCUUCCUUCCCCGACGACACCAAGCUCACCAAGAUCGAGACGCUGCGCUUCGCAUACAAUUACAUCUGGGCUCUGGCCGAGACUCUGCGUCUGGCUGACCAGGGGCUGCCCGGGGGUGGUGCCCGGGAGCGCCUCCUACCACCACAGUGCGCCCCCUGCCUGCCCGGGCCUCCAAGCCCCGCCAGCGAUGCUGAGUCCUGGGGAUCCGGUGCCGCCGCCUCCUCUCCACUCUCUGACCCCAGUAGCCCCGCCGCCUCCGAAGACUUCUCCUACGGUCUCGGCGACCCCCUUUUCUCCUUCCCCGGCCUGCCCAAAGACUUGAUCCAGACGACGCCCUGUUUCAUCCCUUACCACUAAGCCCUUUUUGGACACCGUUACCUCUCCCCUCCCCCUGGCAACAGACAGUAGUAGAUGGCGCACCAACUGUGGCAUCCGGACCCUCAGUCCAGGCCGGAGGGAGUAAGCGGGAGCUCUUAAAGGGAUGGGGGAUACCUGAGCCGCUUAUUAGGUCGCUGCACCCUCGCCAUGGCUUCCCCUUGGUCUGUUUCUCCAGCCCUCGGCCCCAGGCGCCUCCUGCCCACCCCUAGACAGCCUUUCCUUUUGCACUUUCUGAACUCCACAAAAUGGCCUUUGUGGCUGGCUCAGAGCUGACCCCAGCCACCACUUCAGCGUGAUUUAGAAAAGGGACAGAUCAGCCCCUGAAGACGAGGUGAAAAGUCAAUUUUACAAUUUGUAGAACUCUAAUGAAGAAAAACGAGCAUGAAAAUUCGGUUUGAGCCGGCUGACAAUACAAUGAAAAGGCUUAAAAAGGAGAGACAAGGAGUGGGCUUCAUGCAUUAUGGAUCCCGACCCCCACCACUGCAGGCUUUGCUCUAGGAAGAACCCCAGACUCUUGCGUAGCUAUUCAGGCACUGGGUUGGAGAGUACUUUAAUUUAUUCAAGAUGCUUCAUUCAUAUGAAAAUGUAUUUUUGUACAUAAAGAGUUUAUUCUAUUAUAAUGAGCUAUCAAAGUUUACAUUUUUGUACUGCAGAUGUUUCAUGUAAAUAAAAACUAAGUCACCAAG